AUGGGCGCUCCAGUGGCCCAGCCAGGAGCGGGCGACUCGCGCCUCUGCCCGCCUCGUAAAGCCGGCAGCCCGGCCGGGCGGCGGGUCCAGCAGGGGGAGAGAAAGCCGUCCAGCCCGCGGCCGCCGCCCACACGCCACCCCUCCCCUGCAGCUAAACUUAGUGCGAGAUGGCCAUCGCGCGGUCCGCCGUCGGCAGAAAUAAUCGCCAACGCUGGCAGCGGCCUCGCCGAGGCCCCUCAAGGACCCGCGGGCGUGGCGCGGCAGCCCUCUCGCCAUUCGGACGUGCUCCUCGGUCCCCGCCCACUGCGACGUAGGCCGGAGCGCCAGCUGCGCAGCGCUGCACCAGCAGAGCACGGUAGUCGGCCAGCACGCCGCCACGGCCGCGGCUGGAGUGGCCCUGUGCUUCCGGCCCAGCCGCGCUUCAUUAGGCGGGCCGAGCUGCUGGCGCCCACAUGGCCGGCACGUGCCUCCCAUCCAGCCGGAGCCAGGGGGCCGGAGGCGUCCUCUAAUCAGGGGGGUGUCGCGGGCCAACCAACACAGCCGGCGUGGUUUACCGCAGCGGCGCCGCCGCGGCGCGAGGACAGCCAGAGAGCAGGUGGCGGAAGAGGCGGCGUCGCCAGCCACGGCCGGCGACGGACGAAGACCGGGGCGGCGCAGCGCCGCUCCGGAGACACGCAGUCUGCCGGGGGCGACCGGCGCCGCCUCCCGAGCCACUCCCUCUCAGUCCUGCCUCUCACGUGGGGACGCAGCCCUCGCGUCAACUGGAUGCCAUAG